UUGCUCACAGUAAUAGUAAAUACCCUUAUCUGCUUUCUAUACCACAUUUACAUUUAAGUCAUUUAGCAGACGCUCUUAUCCAGAGCGACUUACAAAUUGGUGCAUUCACCUUAUGACAUCCAGUGGAACAGCCACUUUACAAUAUAGUGCAUCUAGCUAUAAGCGUUGAACAACACUACAUUUUACUUGACAGCCAGCUAGUUGCGGCAAGUAGACGACUGCGCCUUUCAUUUGUUUCUUGCUCUCGAGUUUGAUUUAGUCGAAGGGCUAUGACAUUCAUUAUCAGAUCAGCUCUCGUGAAAAACAGGAGUUUAUGGCUUCCAGGUCUCAGUGCUGUAAGGGCCAUAUCCUCUCCGGGGGGCCCCACUCCUCCUUUUACCACCCUGUCUGUCAGUCAACCUGCCACUGCUGUCACUCACAUAGAGCUGCACCGGCCAGAGAAACGCAAUGCCAUGAACAAAGCCUUCUGGAGAGAAAUGGUGGAGUGCUUUACACAGAUAGCUGAGGACCCGGAUUGCCGGGUGGUUGUCGUCUCCGGUGCAGGAGACGUCUUCACAGCUGGCAUUGACUUGAUGGACAUGGCCAGUGAAGUCUUGCAGCCUGAAGGGGACGACAUGGCCAGGACUUCCUGGAACAUGAGACGCAUCAUCGCCAAGUACCAGGAAACCUUCAGCGUCAUUGAAAGGUGUCCAAAGCCAGUGGUUGUGGCAGUGCAGGGAGCUUGUAUUGGAGGAGGAGUGGAUCUGAUCACAGCCUGUGAUAUCCGUCUCUGCACUCAAGAUGCCUGGUUUCAGGUGAAGGAAAUAGAUAUUGGCCUAGCAGCUGACGUUGGAACUCUGCAGCGCCUACCUAAAGUCAUUGGGAGCCGGAGCCUGGUGAAUGAGUUGGCUCUGACAGCGAGGAAGAUGUACGCCGAUGAGGCCAAGGAAAGUGGAUUAGUCAGCCGUGUAUUUCCGGACAAGGAGGCGAUGUUUGCUGGAGCUCUUGAGAUGGCAGGGGAGAUAGCAGGCCGCAGCCCUGUGGCUGUCCAGGGAACCAAGGUCAACCUGAUCUACUCCAGAGACCACAGUGUGGCAGAGGGCCUGAACUACAUGGCAACGUGGAACAUGAGCAUGCUGCAGACGGAGGAUGUCAUGAAGUCAGCUGCAGCCUCCAUGGAGAAGAAGAGUCCUAAAACAAUAACUUUCUCCAAGCUCUGAACCUGAGGAGUAGAAAGAGGCUGAAGUGCAGCUUUUCUUAGGCGAGGGGGAAUGGAUGGAGGGGAUUAUCUACUGGACUAGUUGAUACAAUUUGUAUGUCCCUGCGUCCAGUAUUAAGGAAGUUUGAGGUAGUUCUGGGCGUUAGAGACAGCUUACAUUAACGUCAGUGCUGGAAGUCUUUGCUGUACCCGAACACUUCCAGUGUUUGCGCUCUAGCAUGCUAGCUGUACCCGAAGACUUCCAGUCUUUGCACUAAGCUCGUUAACGUUGGCUCGCAAAUCUACCUCGUAACUUCCUUCAUACUGGACGCAGAGACAUGCAAAUAGUAUCCACGAGUUCAUCUGGGUCGGUUGAUAAAUGCCAAAAUGACCAACUAUCCAUUUAAGCUAAUAUGAAAAGGAAUUAUUUCGCCUCCUGACUCCAGCAGAUGCAUAUGUUUGUGUGUUGGUGCCUUGUUGUCUGUCAGAAUCACCCAAAGCAGAGCUGUCUGUAAACUAAAGAGUUAGGGGCCUCUCUCUUGCUAGCUCCGCAUGCAGGAUUCAGGGUACUCUACCAACCAGCCUCACACUUUUGUAAAUCUAUAAAAAUGAUUGCAUCAUAAAA